AUGAACAGGACAAUGCGUAGACAAAGAAACAAAGUAAAACAAAAAAAAUUGGCCGGUGCAAAACUAAUGAAACAUAAUAAGACUAAACUACCCUUAAGUCAAAUACUUGGUCAAGGAGGUCAAGGGAUAGUUUAUAAAAGAAUGUUACCUGAUGUAAAAAUCAUAGUAAUAAAGAAAUCUAAGUUAGUAGAUGCAAAUCAAGUGGAGCAAUUCAUUAAUGAGAUUGUCAUGCUUUCACAAAGUAUUCAUAUAAAUGUAGUUAAGCUGUUGGGUUGUUGCCCGAAAAUAGAGGUUCCUUUAUUAGUUAAUGAAUUCAUAUGCAAUGGAACCCUUUUCAAUCAUAUCCAUGACAAGAGCGAUGAGUUUCCAUUGUCAUGGAACACAUGCUUGAAAAUUGAUACUGAAGUUGGAGAAGCACUUGCAUAA